UGCAAUGUGUAGAUAUCUUGUGAUCGGCUUAGUGCUGUAUACGGCAUUACUGAUUCAAGCAAAACCUAGAGGUCGUAAUGGUCCAAAAUGCCGUAGUGGGGCUCCACUUUUGGUAUCGGCCUUUAACAUCAAAACGUUCGGAAAAUCUAAAAUGAGUGACCCUGAAAUAGCUAACUAUAUCAAAGAGAUAGUACUUAGGUAUGACUUGAUUUUGAUACAAGAAAUACGAGAUAUAAGCGGUGAGGCGUUACAAGAUCUUUGGACUCUCGUUAACAAGACCGAUAGUUGCGGUAUGGCAGUAAGUGAACGUCUUGGAAGAUCUUCAUACAAAGAACAAUAUGCUUACUUCUACAAAUUACGUACGUUGGAAUUAUUAGAUGUUCACCAGUAUGAUGACGGUCCUGAUGAUUACAGUGACUGGUUUGAAAGGGAACCAUACAGUGCUCUCUUCCAACCUGUACACGGGGGAACAGAUACGAGAUUUGUUGUGACCGGUAUACAUGCUAAACCAGACGAUGCUGUCGCAGAAAUUGGUUAUUUGUAUAAUGUGUACAAAGACACAUUGGGGAAAUGGGGAAUAACGAAUAUAUUGACAUUCGGAGACUUCAAUGCGGAUUGUUCGUACGCCAAGGUUGAAGAGUUGGCUUCAAAGACAUUUUAUUAUGACAAUGUUGACUUCCAUUGGCUGCUUGAUUGGAAUGCUGAUACUACCACUUCUCAAAACACUAACUGUGCUUAUGAUAGAAUCGUAGUCUCUGGAACCAAGCUUCAGCAGUCAGUAUAUCCAGGUUCAGCUAAUGUGUAUUUGUUCGAGAACACCUUUGGAUUAACUUACGAAAGGAUGUUGGAUGUUAGCGACCAUUAUCCUGUAGAAGUGCAACUUAUCUUGUAAGAAACCUGUCGUGGGACAGGUCAUGGGACAAGUGUCUUAUUUCAAUAAAAAUCAC